ACUAAGCCCAAAAGCACCAUCGCCUGGGGAUCGUGACCAAAAAUGUGGUUGAGAUACUGGUGAAACGGCAGGACAUAGUCCUUCCGUGGUGCUCCCACCAAAGUCGACGGCCUCUGGAUGGGAUAAGGAGCCUAUUCAAAAUCCUAUAGGGGCAGCCGCAACCUCCUCACCUCUCGUGCACUAGCAGCCGAUUGAUAACACAACCCUGGUGGUGUCUGUUCCGACGGUCCUUAUCUGCGCCGGCGUCCGAUCUCAACUAUCAUGCGACCCGCAUCGGACCGUCCGACACAUGCCCAUCCUUGAGAUGCGGGGCUUUGGGCGGGCGCCGACAACGAUGACCCCACGAUGGUUGGAUUGCUGCACAUACUACGUAGAGACAGAAUCGCCAAAGUUGUUAAAAGAGCGUCAGCUUCAGAUUCUCACCUUGUCUUUCCACGUAGAGGUGAUCACCAGCAAAUAGGGAUUUUACACUAGUAGGAAAGACGACCAUGUCGGCCAGACUCGAAGACUUCAUUAACCCGCUGUGGCUCAACAAAUUGCAGGAGGCUCAGGAACUCGUCCUCGCCCUUACAGCUUUGGCAGUCGCGGGGCUGACCUAUCUCAUCUAUAAUGUCGCUUUCAAGACAGAUAUUUCCUACAUCAAAGGCCUGCCAGAGAUCCCCGGGGCGCUGCCCGUCUUUGGACACCUGUUACAGCUCGGCCAAGACCACGCCACUGUGUGCGAGAAAUGGUGGCGUCAGUACAACCAGUCCGUCUACCAGAUCAAGCUGGGAAACACGCGUGCCGUCGUGGUCAACUCGUUUGAGGACUGCAAAAAGAUGCUGCUGGGAAACCAGAACGCUGUCAUUGACAGGCCCACACUCUACACUUUUCAUGGAGUCAUCAGCAGCACACAGGGCUUCACCAUCGGCUCGUCUCCAUGGGACGAGUCGUGCAAGAAGAAGCGUAAAGCCGCAGGCACUGCGCUAGGAAGGGCGUCUCUGCGCAACUACCACCCCAUGUUCGACCUGGAGAGCUACUGCAUCCUCCGGGACCUCAAGAAAGAUAGCAAAAACGGCGCUCUUGAGAUCAGUGUGCGGCCCUACAUUCAGCGGUAUGCGCUCAACACGACCCUCACCCUAUGCUACGGUAUUCGCAUGGACGCUGUGUACGAUGAACUCCUCCGGGAGAUUCUGUACGUCGGGUCGGCCAUCUCCCUACUUCGCAGCGCGUCGGAGAACAUGCAGGACUAUGUACCUAUCAUGCGAUAUUUCCCCAACAACGAGAAGAACAAACGGUCCAAGGAGCUCCGCGACCGUCGCGACACGUACCUCAACCUGUUGUUGGACAAGGUCCGCGAAAUGAUCAAGCUAGGCACCGAUAAGCCUUGCAUUUCGGCCGCCAUUCUCAAGGACGAGGAGACGAAGCUUACGGGUGUCGAAGUCUCGUCUAUCUGUCUGUCACUUGUCUCGGGCGGCUUCGAGACGAUCCCCGGAACACUGACGUCGGCUAUCGGAUCUCUCAGCACCCCCGAGGGCCAGAUCUGGCAGGACCGCGCGUACGAGGACAUCAAGCGGUAUUACCCGGACAUGCGCGACGCCUGGUCUUCCAGCAUCUCAGAAGAAAAGGUCCCUUAUCUCAACGCCAUUAUAAAGGAGGCCGGUCGUUAUUAUACCGUCAGCGCCAUGAGCCUGCCUCGCAAGACCGUUACAGAGGUGAAUUGGAAUGGGGCCAAGAUCCCGGCCAAGACGAUGAUUCUCAUUAACGCCCAAGCUGGAAACCACGAUGUCGACCAUUUUGGCCCCGAUGCCGGCAAGUUUGACCCGGAGCGCUGGUUGUCCUCCUUGGACCCCCCAACCGAGCGCGAGUCCGUCGGGCUAAACCACCUCAGCUUCGGCACCGGCUCGCGCGCGUGUUCGGGCCAGCACAUUGCGCACCGCCUUCUGUACACGGCGCUGCUGCGGCUCCUCGCGUCGUACAAGAUUGUGGCAAGCGAGGCGGAACCACCCAACACGGACUACGUCGACUACAAUCAGUUCAAGUCGGCGCUGGUGGCAAUUCCACGCGACUUCAAGGUGAAGCUCGUACCGAGGGAUGUUAAUGCAACGGAGGAGUGUUUGAGGCUAGCAGAGGAGAGGACGAAAGAUCACUACAAGGAGUAAGGGACCUCAUUGUAUGCGCUCGAGAGUUGCAAGGUGAAAAGCGACGAUGGUCUCAAAUAACAGGCGGUAUUAACCUGGGAUAGGGGGUUGCAUAAUACGGUAGUUUGACUUAUCUAACAUCUUGCACCAACAUUUGGGCUAAAAUCGAACAACAAGUUACGAG